UGUUACGAUUCCUUUUGGUCUCGCACCUCCAGUCGCACCUUUCCUUUGACCAGCAAAAUGGCUGCCCCCGCCCCCAUUGUCGACGGCAUUGGCAUUGCCAACCUACCCAACCAGAAACACAAAAUCGUGGCGAAGCGUGGGGCUCAUUUCACGAUCAUGGUUGUCGGCGAGUCUGGCUUGGGCAAGACCACCCUCAUCAACACACUCUUUUCAACUGAGUUGUCGCCUGCCAAAAAUUACAACAAGCGACACUACAAGCAGCUGGACAAACUCACUGAGGUCGAGAUCAUCAAGGCUGAACUUGAGGAGAAGCAGUUCAAGGUCAAGCUCACCGUCAUCGACACUCCUGGCUUUGGCGACUACGUCAACAACCGCGACUCUUGGUCCCCUAUAGUCGAGUUCAUCGACGACCAGCAUGAAGCAUACAUGCGCCAAGAGCAGCAACCGCAGCGGCAUGAGAAGACUGACCUGCGCGUCCAUGCUUGUCUUUACUUCAUUCGUCCUACGGGACACACCCUCAAACCUCUCGACAUCGAGAUCAUGAAGCGCCUGGGGACCCGUGUCAACCUCAUUCCGGUCGUCGCCAAAGCUGACACCUUGACCCAGAACGAUCUCUUUACCUUUAAGCAACGCGUGCGUACUUGGCCACUCACUUUCAUCGCAUCGGCGAUAACAUCCUGAGCCAGAUUCGGGAAGUUAUUGCCGCUC